CGAGUCAUAGAAAACGGAAGUAAAUAAACAACUUCUUGGGUUUCUCAAUUUUUUCUUCUCCUUUAUUUUAUCCAAUUUUCUUCCUGAAGAGACGCCUUUAAGUGGUUUUUCUGCGCCGGAAACGUCCAGAAGCUUAGGAGAAAAAUGCCAGACUACGUAGAGACGAACUUUGACGAGAGGAGUGGCUUCGUUCCCUGUGCGACACCUUGGGGGAGAUGGUGGCAGACGGUGGCGGAGGUUCACGUCGAGGUCACCAUACCAGAAGGAACCAGGUCAAAGUUCAUACAGGUCGCAGUGAAGCCGUCACACAUGAAGGUCGUGGUUUUGGAUAAAGUGAUUAUUGAGGGGUCCUUAUUUGCCGUGGUUCGGACCGACGAAACCAUAUGGACCAUCGAGGACAAGAAGAUCCUGCACAUUGCCAUGACCAAGGCAGACGCUUGCACCAAGGAGACGGUGUGGGAGGGGCUGCUGAAGGACGACUUCCUUGCCGACCCCUGGACGCUUCACGAGAUGCGGAAGAAGCUGGAUCUGGAGCGGUUCCAGAUCGAGAACCCCGGCUUUGACUUCAGUGGAGCGCAGCUGAAGAAGGGUUACGACAGCCCGAAGGGAUCUGAAAUAGAGGAAUGGGAGAAGAAACAGAAGGAAAAGCAAGAGACUGCAGCAGACCAAUGAAAAAAGGAAUGGAAAAAGGUUUACAUGAAAUACAGAUAAAUAAGUACAAAAUGUAUGAUCUAAAUCAGUGCCGUCAGCUUUAUACACCAUUAAUGAUUAAUGUUAUGCUAUUUAUUAUCAAAGAAUAUCAAUUGUUAUCACUAUUAGUGUUACUAUGAUCAUUAUUAUUAUAAUUACUACUUUAAUUUUUGUUAUUAUUAUUGUAGUAACUUAUUUUUAUACAUUUUUCUUUCUGCUUGAUAAAUGAUAUUCAUCAACAAGGUACCCUCUUGUGUGUGUAAAGGCGUAAUAAUUUAUUUAAUGGUGCUGGUGGAGAAUACUCGACAGUUGUCUACUUUUUUCAUGUAGCGGCAGCUCUGUUGGUGAUUCGCAUUCGUUAUUAUGAUCUAUUUCUCCUACACCAGCCCUGCAUAAUAUGAAUUUGAAACAAGAAUGGAAUGUCAGAGCUCUUGGGUAGGCCAGUGAUAGGGACCCAGGUUUUUAUUUUUUGGUGAUUGCCGUAAGAAAAAUGAUGAAGCCUUUGAGCCUUCAGUGAUUUUAUAAUAUGUAAGGUUGAAUGAUAUUUUGUAUCUGUUUAUCGUAAGAGUUUUGAGAUUGUAUAACUUUUAAUUGCAUUGCAGGGUAUCAUACUCGAGAGAAUUGAUUAAUUCAUUUUAAAGCUUAUGAGAAUGGAUUAUUUGCCUUUCAGCGUUUUUGAGAUUAUUUAUUUACCUUUUUCUUUUUUGUCUUGAAGUUGCAAUACUUUAUCUUUUUUAUAUAUAUACUUUAUGUUUCUUUGUAAAAGUUAUAAAUAAACUAAUCGUAAUUUUCAUAAAGGCUUCAGACAGUAUUAGCAAGGUUAAUGUAACAAUAUUUUAUUUAGAUGCUUAUCAUUCCAGGUUUUCAUUACUGAUUAUGAUAAUAAUUCUGCUGAUUAUAAAAACUGUAUCCUUUCAAGUACAGUUAAGGGAGAGGCUGCAAUAAGUGUAUCUGCUGUGCCGUAAAAUGUGUUGCGUGUUGUAUUCUGAAAGAGAUUGGCAUUUCUGAUAUAUAAUUAUUUAUAUAUAGCAUUUUUUUUGUUUUUUGAUUAGAAUUCACAUUUCAUAAAAGUAAGUAGAGACUUAAAAUGAAAGUGUGAUGUAUGAAUAGGACUUAUUUGAAUGUGAGUUAUUGCCAAGAAAAAUAUAUUAUGAGGAGUCAA